AUGCGUCGCAUCAUCGACGAUGCACGCGUACCAAUUUUCGGCAUUGAUUGCCACGGACAAGUAAACGAGUGGAAUGGUGCAUCCGCAAAGCUACUGGGCUUCAGCAAAGGGCAGGUCUUUGGCAGACCGCUGGCAAAUUUUUUUUCAGACGAUCCUGGCUUCACUGUUGCAAAGUCAUUCGACAGAGCCAGACAGGGUGAAGAAGUGCAGCCAGUUGCGGCGAGCAUGAUCGUGAAAGGUGGUGGGUUGCAGCGGCUGAUGCUACAUCCUGCCUUACGGGGUGAUGUUGGGGAGGAUGUCAUCUGCGUCGCGCACGAGGUUGAAGCUGUCAAGGAGUCUCCCGUGUUCGACGAGGAGGAUUUCAAUGCAGUUCUUGACAAGGUGGUAGCUGCGGUACCAACACCAAGUCUUCUUCUGGAUGUGGCUGGGAAGGUUACAGCUUGGAACGAUUCCGCAGAGAAGCUGAGCGGCUUCAAGCAGGAUGAGGUGCUGGGCAGACCUCUGCAAGAGCUGAUUUGUGGCGAUGGUGAUGAGCUGGACAGCAUGAUUGUGGACACGCUGGACGGGAACGAAACAUUCGGUUUCGAGUCUGUGGCUCAGUGGCUCGGUGUCUUUCCAGUGAUAGACACUCGACUGUACAGUGGCAGCACAUGCGUGGUACGAGAUGGUGCCGUUCGAGCAAAGCACCCUCUAUGA